GAUACUUGAUGAGAUUUUAUGUAAAGCAUCAUGGCGGCCCGCUGCGGUAGAGCGUUGGCUAAGGUCGGUUGGACUUUCCUGGACUCCCCGCUGUCUCUCCGGGCCGGGACCGGAGGCAGGCUGGUUGUGAACCGGGCCUACUCUAAGGGGAGCUCCAGGGCGCGGACAGGGCUGGCUCUGUCUGCCCGGACAGCGGCCACAGGAGGGGGACUGUUGGGCUCCUUUCUGCUCGGAGGAGGACUGGGACUGUACCACACUGUGAAGCAGUGGCAACAACAGCACUUUGCACAAGAGGAGCAGGCAGCACCGGUGGAAGGGAGCACUAUGAAGCUGGUCUUGUACCAGUACAAGACCUGCCCAUUCUGCAGUAAAGUCCGAGCCUUUUUGGACUACCAUGGGCUUCCAUACGAGAUCGUGGAGGUGAACCCUGUCAUGAGAAAGGAGAUCAAGUGGUCCACAUACAGAAAAGUGCCUAUUCUCAUGGUCAAUGAAGACGUGCAGUUGAACGACUCCUCUGUCAUCAUUAGCUCAAUCAAGACUCACCUCAUCUCCAAGGAUAAGUCGAUGACAGAGAUCAUUCGCUGUUACCCUGAGCUGAAGUCUAAAAAUGACAGUGGCAAAGAGGUGGUAGAAUACAUGAACAAGUACUGGCUGAUGCUGAGCGAGGCCGAAACACUGCAGCUGUACCCAGAGAAAGACAUGCAGAAAGAGGAGAGGAAGUGGCGUCAGUGGGCAGAUGACUGGCUAGUGCACCUGAUCUCUCCAAACGUGUACAGGACCACUGGGGAGGCACUGGCGUCCUUCGACUACAUCGUACGAGAGGGCAAGUUCGGUCCCUUCGAGGGAUUCUUCGCUAAGUAUGUGGGAGCGGCGGCAAUGUUUCUCAUCUCCAAACGACUCAAGAACAGACAUAACCUCCAGGACGACGUGAGAGAGGACCUGUACAAAGCAGUGAACAAUUGGAUUUCAGCCAUCGGCAAAAAGCGCAAGUUCAUGGGAGGAGACCACCCCAACCUCGCAGACCUAUCGGUGUACGGCGUGCUGCGUGUGAUGGAGGGUCUGCAGGCGUUCGACGACAUGAUGAACAACACCAAAGUCAAACACUGGUACAAACGAAUGGAGCGGGCCACACAGAACCACGAGGGGAGGCAGUGAAACCAACUAAAGACUGGAUCAUUCAUUUAACAUCAAUCAUCAAGUAUAAUCCACUAAUUCAAAGUGAAGCAAAACUCAAGAUACAGUUUUACCAGAUGUUUAGUUGAAAUUACUUGAGUUCAGCAUAUUCAUGUUGUGGAGUAGUUUUGACUUGUUUAGAUUUAUUUACUUGAUGGGUGUAUUGGUUUCAAGGUAUUUCAGAGUAUUUCUUGUCUGAAUAUACUGGUUCUCAUUUAAGAUAACAUGUUUUAUAAAGACGGGGUGAAAAAAUUUGUCUUCAUACCAUUCACACUAUUUUGUCUUAGUUCAAGAUCAUCAAACCAGCCAAAAAUAGCAUUAAAGAGGGGGUAUUAUGCAAAAUUGACUUUUAUUUUGACUCUCUGCGUGUAAUAACAUUGUUCUUGUUCCCUCAUCAAAAACAUGCCUGAAGAGGUAUUGGAUACAUCUGUGCAUGUUUGAGUAAAAUGGCGAUCUCUCCUGGGCCUUAUUCAAACCCUCCUUAUUGUUAGCUGUAAGAUUCAGUCCAAUGCUCCGCCCACAAGCCCAUGCUCCCGCAUGGUCAUUUUUCUUAAAUAUACAAAAGCAUGAAUCAAAACAAUACAAUAACUUCAAAACCUGAUGCGAUGUGCAGUAGUUUCAUUGGCAGCAUUCACGCUGACCGUGUUAAGCUAGUGCUCCGAAUAUGGAGUGACUUAUUGUGGGGAGCAAAGGGACUCAGAGCGUCAAAAACAAAAGUGAAACUUAUAAAACAUGUUGAUACGUUGUUUAGAGCAAAUAUAGCAUUGUCAAUCUAAAAUAUGUCUGAAAUAUGUUAUUAAUUAGCAAUUAAUAUCCCAUAGGAGUAAAAUACCCCCUCUCUAAUCACGUUAAUAUUGUUGGCCAUACAAGCUUAGAUAGCUUCUUGGGAGUUCCUUUUUACAAAACUUUCAUAGAAGUAAAUUGUAUGAACUGUUUGCAGUAAAUCAGUCUAGCAUUGACAAAACUACUCAUAUCUACAUUAAUAUCCCGAAUUCAAGUCAUUGGCUUUAAGAUCCACUUUAUAACUUUUCUGGUGGAGUGUCCAUCACGUGCCUGUUUCUUUAGAGAUCUUAUUCCUUAUCUCAAAAUGUUCAGCAGUGAGCUUUACAUUUAUCUAUCUCUAUUGCUAUCAAUUGAAUGUCACAAUGGACCAUGAUGUGACUAUCCCUCAUCGUAAGAAUGCAUAUUUUUCAAGGUAUGUGUGAGCAAUAAAAACACCUAUGAUUGAAAAUGCAAGAUGGAUAAGUUUAAUGCCAUACUGUGAAACUGAUCAGGUAAAGCGCUAAUAUCUCCAUGGAGAUGAGAAGUGCUGUACCCCCACAAGAAAAGUGCACAUUCAAACCCAUGCUUAGUCAUUUUUAGAGCGUUUUACAAAUGCAUAUACUGUAUAACACUUCCAGCCUAUAACUGCCCAUUUGAAAUAUGGAACAGCUUUUUGAAUCAAACAUGACAAAAGCACUUACUGAAAACAAAAUAAUGAAGAAAUACAGCUAUAUGGCAUCAUUAGGACCAUGAGGUACUGUAUCAGAAAUAAUAAGUAAAAGCAAUAUGCAAUUUUAUGUGCUUUGCAAAUGUAAAAAUUGAAUGUAAAUUAUGAUUAUGAUCUGUAAAUUUUUCUGAAUUGUGUGCCUCUUCAAAAUGCCAUUGCCAAUAGACCUAAAUCAAUAAAUAUUCAAACAAUGCAUUUGUCUUGUAGCACUAGCAUAGCACUUUUCAAAAUUAUUUGACAAGUUCUUCUUGGUAGCGCCAACACAUUCAUAAAGGUAAACUGUGAAGUGUCUUGCCCAAGGACACAACAGUUGUUUAGUUAGUGAAGUAAAGUUAGUACUUCUAUUUUACUCAUCAAUUAACGGGACAAAUGUGCAGUUAAAAUCACUUUGAUUUCUGACAUGAAGAUGAUUCUAGGAUAUGGCUGUUGCUGUGGUGAAUGUUCAUUAUGCAACAAGUGUAAAAAAUGUUGUACAAAGAUAAAAUAAAAGCAAAAA